UUCAUUCAUUUCGAUUUCGAUUCUGUCUCUGGCCGCGAACGGACGUUUGGGAAAGUCUCCACGGUGCGGGUGACAGUGCAAAAAGUUGAAUAAAAGAAAUAAACCAAAAGGAGAGCGAGAUAGCAAGCAAAAAAACAGCAAAAUUAGCUGGAGGGGCAACAACAAAUUUGAUAUAAAUAUAUACGCUUGCUUUAAUAGUGAAACACGCACACACACACGCACGCACGUUGUUCGCUGGCUUAAAUGUAUCUGUGUGUGUGUAUAUAGGCGACUGGUAAAAUUCCACUGUGAAACGAAAGGAAGUUAUUGUUUUUGCGGCUGUGUAUAUUAAUAAAACAAAUAACCAACAGCAGUGUGUGCAUAAAAUUCAGAAAAACCUAAAAACGUGUAAACAAAAAUUAAACAAAAAAGCGGGCAGCACAAUCACGUUUUUCGACAUUAUUUGUUUUUCUUUGUUUUUGUGGACUGCAAAACGGAGCGAGUGAGAGGCAGAGAUGAUCCAACAAGUUCACUUUAAUUGAAGCUCCAAAAAUAGAAGUACAAAAACGGGAGGAGAAAUAAACGCGUUAUCGUUAUCGCACUCACACACACAUAAACGGACACCCAGUGAUAAGCGGGAAGUGUAAACAGGCGGUACAUACUUAUCAGCAUUUUCCACUCGUUCCAACAUAAAUAAACACCCCGCUUCGUAAUGCCAUUCUAAAUUUUGAAACAAAUCCGGGACGUGCAACAGAAAAAAAGUACCUAAAAAACACACACAUAACCCAGCUUGGAGAGAAAAGUUACUCGCCGCGCAGUGAAUUCGCCGUCGCCGUUUGCCGACUCGACAACCUGUUUGCUUGGCCAUAAAUUCGCCCCGGCAUUUAUCUCACAAUUAUUUCUGCAUUGACGUAAGGAGGAGCACUUCCACCAUUCCACCGCAACUGCAGCAAACCACAUCGACGCAGCAGCAGCAGCAGCAGUCGCAUCACAAUACGGUCAUACUACCCAGGAGCGGAUUCGAAGUCGAAGGAGUCCGGAGCGGAUCGGGGAGGAGCAGGAGCAGGAUCCCCAAAAUGGAGCCCUAUUGGAACGAGACGAACGGACAUGCCACCCAUCCGGUUAAGUAUGAGAGCGAAGCAGCUGUCUCCAGUUUUCCUUAUUGCACAGAAUCUAGUUUAAAUUUUUCAACAUCCGCCACGGCAUACAGCGAGGACGAUGCUGAAUAUGCCACCGGAAGACGUAAUAAAACAUCGAGGCAAGAUCCUCUGUCCCAUCGAAUUAUUGAGAAGCGGAGACGAGAUCGCAUGAACUCCUGCCUGGCGGACCUCUCCCGCCUUAUCCCGCCGCAGUACCAGCGAAAGGGGCGUGGUCGGAUCGAGAAGACCGAGAUCAUCGAGAUGGCCAUCAGGCACCUGAAGCAUCUGCAGAGCGAGUGCCAGCAGAAGGAGAGCGACUACCGGAGCGGCUACAUGGACUGCAUGAAGGAGGCGGCCAAGUUCCUGUACGACGUCCACAUGCAGGACUUUUGCCACCGACUCUUGGGUCGGCUGCAGGAGCACAUCGAUGAGAUGUUCAAAACGGACUGCUACAAAUCGACGCGCAGCUGCCACAUGCCGGACAAUGUGAGCGCCUCCAGCGGCAGUCCCCACCAGGCGUACCACCCACCGCUGUGCCACCUGCGCGACAUGCUGGCCACCUCGGCGUCGGAUGUGGAGCACAGUCAGGACCACAACGACGUCAAGGAUCUGAGUUUCCGCAAUCAUCUCAAUCAGUUGCAGAGGAGUCAGGCGGCGGCAGCGGCAGCGGUGGCAGCUGCAGCGGCUGCAGUUACCAAUGGCAGCUCGCCGGCCUCGAAUGCGGGAUUGGAAUCGAAGGUUCCGCUGACCAAUGGCGGUGGCAAUGGCAGUGGAGCGUCGGCGGGUGACAAUGUGCCCAGCAAUUCCACGGGCAAUGGAGCAGCAGCAGCAGCAGCGGUCGCCGGGGGAAACAGCAACAGCAGUGGCAGCAACAGCAGCAACGCGGCAAGUUCCACCACCUGUCCGCCGGUUGGAGGCAGCUGUGCCUCGAAGAUCACCCCACUGGCCGCCCACCAGCAACCGCAUCAGGCGCCGGUGAUCACGUCGACGGCACCGCAUCAUCUCCACCAUCACCACCACACGGACAGCAGUCACCACGACUUUGAGUCGUCGCGGGAGCCGAUCCUUCACACCGACACCUCCAACAUGCACUCGCCGCCGCCGAGGGAUCUCCUCCUGCAACAGCAUCCGCAUCUGGCCCACAGCCACCACACGCAGGACAGCCUGAUGUCCGUGCGCAUGCGCAACUACUCGGAGUCCUCGCACGAGGUGGAGCACAACAACAACUACAAGUACAAGAACCACAUCAAGGAGCGGUUCGUCCACGAGCUCCACGACGAGGAGACGAGCAGCGAACACUGCCCGGUGGCGGCGCAUCUGCAGAGCGAUCACUCCCACCUGCAGGCCUUGUCGGAGCACUCGAAGGAUGGCACGGAGCCGGAAAUAGCACCGAUUAUGGCCAAGAAGCGGAAGCUGGCCGAGGCGGCGGCCAAUGGCGAGAUUCCCCUGGAGGUUCACACGGAAUCGAGCAACGCGGGUGCGAAUUCCGCCAGUCGAUUGGACAAACCGUCGCCCUCCUUCAAUUUCAGCGACAUAAAGGACAUCAAGUCGGAGCUGCACAAUGGCAACUCCAAUUCCAGUCCACUCCUGGCCAAAUUGAGUGCGGCAGCGGCGGCUGGUGGUCAGCUGAGCACUCCGAGCAGCACCACCGCUCCACUGCCACCGAGGCACUCGUUUACGGUGCCCAUUUUCGCGCUCCACGGCCAGGGAAACUACUAUGUGCCCCUGAACGUGGACUACAAUGCGCUGGUGCCCUUCCUCAACGGGAUGGAUUUGCUGGAGAAGAGCUACACCAGCAUGCCCGUGGUGCAUCCCAUCAACAUCAAUGUGAACUUUAUGCCCAGUUCACCAUCGGCUUCGCUUUUGGCCGCCGCAGCAGCUGCUGCCGUGGCCGUUGGCAAACAGCAACAGCAACAACAACAACAGGCGGUAGUUUCAGUUGGAGGCGGACUUCCCCUGUCCACCAACUCACCAGCGGCACAAGCAGCUGCUGUUGCCGCUGCGGCGAUGGCCAAGGCCAAAUUGGAGCAGGCCAUGAACCAGAGUUGGUAAAAGUUGGCAGACAAAAAAUAAAUAAACCGGAAAGAAAGAAAAUCAGAUGACGGGUCGCCAGAUGGAACAACUCUACCUCAGUACUUCUGUGAAUAAUCAUCAAAUGAUUAAUCUCAAAACAAAAAACACUAAGCGACAUCUGCGCCCAAGUAUACAAAACAAAAAGUUAUGGAUGUAAAGGAAUGGAGGAAAAAACUAAUUCAGUUGGGGGUGUUUAUUUAGUCUCUGGGGUUUUUGUUUUUACUUUAUGUUCUGUUUGAAAAGAAAGUCCAAUCAUUUUCUUUUUGAUUAAUGUAAUGCAAAUGCACCUUUGACUUUAAAAACACAACAUACCAACAAUGUUUUUGUCUUUAAAAAAAACCCCUUGUGUUACUUUUGAAUUAGUUUAAAACACAGAGACAGCCAGGAGCAGCCUCAAAGGCUGGGCACCUACUAGAGAAAUGAUUUCCAAUUGCUAAUUGCUAAAUGAGGAGGGGAAAACAAUUAGAGUAGCUAGUUGUUAACUAUUUUGAACAAAGCAUAAAUGUCUAUUACAGAGCAUACAAUGAAAACUACAAAAAACAUAUAUCUUUAUGUGUGUGCAAACCAAUAGAACGUAUAUGAUGCCAAGAGUCAGUCCCACGUAAAAAAUCUAAUGGAUUUUAAAACAAAACUAAAUGUGAAUUAAAUGUAUUUUUUAGAGGUUUAACGUUUUUGCAAUUUAAAUAAGUGUUGUGGUUUCAAAUCAGGUAGUCAGUUAGCCAAGUGACUCCCGUCGAACAUACAAAGUAAUCUAUAUAUGUAUACAAAAAAGAUAUAUUGAUAAAUCAUAUAUUAGUAAACCACUAGUCAAAGAACGUGAACGAAGACGUAAAGGAAAACAAAAUGGGAGAAAAAAAAAACAAAAUCAAAAAACUAUUAUAUAUUCUAUGUGUAAAUACUAUUAGCAAGCAAAUUGUCCUUUGUUUAAGUUUGUAUUCUAGUGACAAAUUAUGUUAAGUUGGUUGGUUAACAUGUGAAAAAAACAAAAAAAAAUAUUUGCAAAAAAAAUCCAAAAAAUUUUCUAUUCAAAAGUGCACCCUGUUUCAUUCUCGAAAUGCGGUCCUAUAGUUAUUAUUAUUAUUAUUAAUGUUAUUACUACUGUCUAACACCUAAGUUGAUUGUUUCUUUGUGUUUUCGUUAUCAAACAAAUUAAAUGCAAUUUGAAGAUCUUUUUGUCACCUGUUUCCAAUUCGAGCACCUCGAUAUUUUUGGUGGAACCCUCGGAAUUGAUUCUGUUUUGUAAGCUGAGCUUCAUUGCGGCUAAACUGAAAGUUGAUAGCACAAGGAUUAUUAAUGUUUUAUGACUCUUAUUAAUGUGUACGAUUACUUUUACUGUACGGUACUGUUAAUAUAAAACUACGUUACUGUUUAAUAUAUUUUAUAAAUGUAUACAGAUGUAAUAAAAAAUUCAAAAUGAGA